AACGCAUGGGUUGCCUUGUCGGAGAUUUUAACAAACAUUCUGAACGACGCAAAUCUUGAAAAAACGUGCUUGAUCAUCGACGCGCUCGAUGAGUGCACUAUAGACUUGCCAGAGCUACUAGACUUUAUCGCUCGGAACUCUUCGAAGUCGCCACGCGUCAAAUGGAUCGUCUCGAGCCGUAAUCAGCCAGAUAUUGAGGAAGGGCUAGAGAAGCCUAGCCAAGAAGGGAAGCUGAGUCUUGAGCUCAACGCAAAGUGGGUCUCGCAGGCCGUCGACACCUUCAUCAGUCAUAAGGUUACCCAGCUGGCACGAAAUAAAGGAUACGACCGGGAGACUACACAAGCCGUCCGGGAACAUCUAAAAAAAAAUGCGAACGACACCUUUCUUUGGGUGGCAUUGGUAUGUCAAGAACUCGGAACGGUUCCGGCAUGGAAAGCCAACAACGUGGUUGGAAGCUUUCCAAGGGGGCUCGACGAUCUAUACGCACAAAUGAUGCGGCAGAUCAAUGCCUCGGAUGACGUUUUCAUCUACAAGCAGAUAUUAGCUUCGGUCGCGAUCGUGUAUCGACCAGUCACGAUUAAAGAGUUAACUUCUCUCGUAACGCAGCUUCAAGGCCCAGCUAGGUAUCCGGGUGCACUGCAGGAUAUCCUUAGCUCCUGCGGAUCAUUCCUUACUGUGCGAGAAGAAACUGUUUACUUUGUGCACCAAUCGGCGAAAGAUUUUCUACUGACGAAACCAUCUCCUGAGACACCCAACGGAGCAUUCGAUGAGCUAUUCCCCUCUGGGAAACCUAAAGCCCAUCACUCGAUUUUUUCUAGGUCCCUCGAUGUCAUGUCCGGAACAUUACGCCGAGACAUGUACGAUCUGAAAGAGUUAGGGUAUCCUGCGGAGCAGAUUAGACAGCCUAAUCCAGACCCGUUAGCAGCGUCGCGCUACGCGUGUUUUUACUGGAUCGAUCACCUCAUCGAUUCUGACCUCAACGUUUUAUCUGAACAUGCAACAACUCUCCAGGACGGAGGCUCUGUUGAUACAUUUCUAACGCAGAAGUAUCUCUACUGGCUGGAAAGUCUUAGCCUUUUCAAGGACAUGUCCAAGGGAAUUGAUUCUAUAACGAAGCUGGAGAAGCUGGUCCAGAAAACGUCAAAUUCAGUUAAGCUUAUCCGCUUCAGGCAUAUGCGUCUGCACUCCUAUUCAGCCCAGAAGGUAGCAUAAUCAGACGCCUUUUCAAGGAAGAAGAGCCGAGGUGGGCAACAAUAAAACCGGCCGUUGGCAAUGUAUGGAGUGCUUGCCUGCAGACGCUCGAGGGCCAUAGCG